UGCAUGCUUCGACGAGUGAGUUCUAGGUCCUGUUUAUGCAUGCAUGUAGUCUGUAAUGUUACACAGAACAAUCAGCGAGUGAGUUCUAGGCUAAAUGUGUUAAGUGUUCACCGUCAGGCAGUAACCACGUUACAUUUAUCUGUACUUUAUAUCAGACAACACUUUGUCGCUGCUGUCACUUAAAAAACGAGCAUUAUAAUUAUAUACAUAUCAAAAAGUUUUCAAAAUCGACUAUCUUAUGGUUAGGAAUGUUAUUUCAUUGAGGUCGAAACACACAAAUGUAUUGUUUUUAUUUCAACAGAGCUGUAUGAGGAUGAACAAGCUACUGUUACUUGCGAUCGCAGUCGGUCUUAUUGCAGCAGUUGGUGGUUUGCCGUUGCCGCCGGUCAUAGAUAAUCCCAUAGAUACUGGGUCACGUGGUGGACGUGUUGCCGCUGACGCGUGUCAGCAGCCAAUGACAAAGGGUCCCUGUGAAGCAGCGUUCACCAGAUACUUCUACAACCCCCAGACAUCCACUUGCGAGCAGUUUGACUACGGCGGCUGUUGGGGAAAUGACAACAACUUCGCUAGCCUGCAAUUAUGCCAGGAGACGUGCAUGAGUGAUAUGUUGAAUGAUUUACCUCCUCCGCCAGGGGACGCUCUCUCCAAACUGUUUCCAGAACAGAAAUAAUAUGUUACAGUGCAGACUAUUCUACAGUUGAUGUAUUGUCAAAGUUUGCACAUUUUUUUUUUCAUAAGCGUCCUAAAUUUUGAAGUGCAUCCUAUGUAUAUGUCUUUUAAAUUCUAUUCACCUCCUAAUUCAUCUGUUUAAAAAAAAUGAAUGGAAUCUUGUCAAAAAGUCCACUUCAAAAAUCACACUUAGCUCAAAUUAUUAUAGUUUGUUACUGGCUUUACAUGCAUGUCCAUAUUUUGUAAUUUCGUACUUAACAGACCUUUGCGAAGUAUAGUAUAUAUACCAAACUGUUCCUUAACCCUUUGCCUGCUGGCGGCAAGUGAUUCUGCCUCUGCGACCAGUGCAGACCAAGAUCAGCCUGCACAUCUGUGCAGUCUGAUCAUGGUCUGCACUGUUCGCUGUUCAGUCUGUAAAUUUUCAGUUAAAACCCCUUCGAAUAAUAAAUGGUAUUGCCCAUAUUGAAAGAUGGACCAGUCCAUUUUAGAAAUUUAGCAGGCUAAGGGUUAAAUAAGAAAUAGUGAGAAGAACUAUCUAAAGAGGUAAUUGUGUUUGAAAAUAUAGUUUGCUCUGUAAAACAUAUAUAUUCUUUGUUCAUAGACUAUUUUGUAUUCUUUUUCAAAAGUAUGUUUUCAAUAUGUUUAUAAUAUGAUAGUUUUUACUGUUCAUCUAACAAGGUUAUGAUAAAAUGCGCUAAGCCUGAAGAAAAGUUAGUACAUAACAUGUAUUUUCAUGAUUUCUUUUCAUAUUGACGCAAAUAAAAUAUUUCAGUUUCAUAUUCCCGUGUUUUAUUUUGACCUUAAAACUUACAUGUUGUCAUCUUACGGCAGUGUAAGAUUAUGUGUUUUAGCUUGGGGCAGGUAUACCAAGCAGUAAAUAAUUAAUAUUUGAUUGCUUUUUCCUCCAGUGUACAAGGCUGUUUCUUUUUCAGAAAAGAAUGAAUAUAUGAUAGAUAUUACUAGUAACUAUGGAUUUGAUAUUAGAUGAUUAGAAUCUUCAAUCUUGAUAUUAGAUGAUUAGAAUCUUCAAUCUUGAUUUCUAAGACGUAGACGCUGUUCGAUUAUAUGACUGAGUAUUCAACUCGCGUCCGACAAAAUUCAAUGUUCAAUUGUAUAAACUGAUUUUAUAUGCAUGAUAAGUGAUCCACAGACAUAAUGCAAUGUUUUGAGAUGUUGUUGUGCCCUCCUGUUUUAAAUGAACAAUACUGGGAACUGUGAGAGAC